CAGAACAUAGUCCCAUACACUCCACUUCCAACUUAAGAACAUGGUUUCUAUCUAAUCUCUCUCUGUAAAUGGCUUUGACAAAUGAUCAGCCCGAUAACAGAGUUAAGACAAAAGGAGCUUGGACGGCAGAGGAGGAUCAAAAACUGGCUCAUUGCAUUGACAUUCAUGGAGCAAAGAGAUGGAAGACAAUUGCAUUGAAAUCAGGCUUGAAUCGAUGUGGGAAGAGUUGCAGAUUGAGAUGGUUAAAUUAUUUAAGACCAAACAUCAAGAGAGGCAACAUUACUGAUGCGGAAGAAGACAUGAUCAUUAGGCUUCAUAAAUUAUUAGGGAACAGGUGGUCUUUGAUUGCGGGGAGGCUUCCAGGACGAACGGACAAUGAAAUCAAGAACUACUGGAAUUCUCAUUUGAGCAGAAAGAUGAACGAGGAUAAAACACCUUUAACUUCAGCAGCGCAAGAGGCAAUGUCCAAGAACUCCUGGAAGGACAUUUCCCUCUCGGAAGAAGACAACGCCAAAGAAGUAGCGAACUCAGAGAUUAACUUCAAUGUGGACGAGUUAGCGAACUCGGAGAUUAACUUCAAUGUGGACGAGUUCUUCGACUUCUCCAGCGAAGGUUCCGACCAUUUGGAGCGGGUGAACAAGUUCCUAGGACUUGAGGAGGAUCCAUGCUUACUGAGAGGAGGCAAACAUGAAUGAGGUGUUGCUCUUCAAAAAAAAACAGUUGAAAUAAAAUUUGCUAGGAUAUAUAUGGAUGCUGGAAGUUGGGCGUUUAUGACUGCAUUUAUUCGCCAUGCAAUGCAGUGUCACAGUAUUUUCAAUCAAGUUGUUGCUCUUGCUAUUCUGCAAAACCUGCAAGAUUAUAUGCCUGUAAUUUCUCAUAGAUAAUCCAGCUUUAAGCUAAGGGAACAAUGAGAAUCAUCAUCGAAGAUGAUAUUUUAGAGAGAGAAAA